UCACGCAUGGAAGAAAGGAUGCAGGCACGAAGAGACGUAACAAAUCUUUCUUCUGGGUUUAGUGACUUCACCAUCACUGUAUUGUCUUCAAACUUAUAAUUAACACUUUGGGUCAAAAUCCCCAAAAACGAGCUUGAACUUCAUGGGAACUAUCACGGUUAACAAUUGGAGACAACUUCCAGGCUCGUAUUCCAUGAGAUGCAUUUUGGAUUCAAUUUUUUGCGCUAGUCAAUCACACGAUGUGGCCGGAAAAAUGCUGAAAUGCCUUUGUGAGUCUUUCCGUUCUCCAAUGGUGGACUGUGAGGCCAUCAAGCUGGUGCUUUUAAAAAAAAAAAAUUAAUUAAUUAAUUUAAAAAAAAAAAUUGAACUUCAAGGGCUUUUAACAGAAAUUGGACAUGCCGGAUCACCCCCAUAUUAUUUCGGGUUUUUUCUCGGGUUGGUUUCGGGUCGCGAGGAGACGCGAGGUAGAAAAUCCAGGAAGGGUAUAUGUGUCAUUUCACGAAUAACCGCCAUUAUUCUGCUAUAAAAGCUGAUUUUUUCUUCCAGUCAGCUGCAAAUCAACAAUAACCGUUUUCAAGCAAGCACCUUUCUUCUUCUAACCGCCAUGGAUUCCGCUUCGCGCUCAAUUCUCCGAGCUCAGCCCUUUUCUUCUACCGCCGCCAUUUUCCUGUCAAGUAACAACACCACCGCUCGCUUCCUCGCCCUCCCGAAGACCAACCGCAACCCCAACUUGGUCCGUCCAUUUUCCUCCACUUUCCCAAGAAACUCAACUUUUCCCGGAAAAUGUCUGCACUUCGAUCGGUUCGCCGCAUUCAGCUCGCUCUCCGGCGCUAAGGACCAGAACCCAUCUCAGGAACUGGCUGUUCUUCUCGAAGUUGACGGGGUUCUUAUGGAUGCUUAUCAGUUGGGGAACUGCGAAAGCUUCAAUGCAGCAUUUAAGAAGGUUGGACUUGGCUAUGAAUAUUGGACAGAGCCUCUUUACUUGGGCCUCCUAAGGACAAGUGCUGGUGAUGAGGAAAAGAUGCUGAAUUUGUAUUUUAAUGCGAUUGGUUGGCCUAGUUCAUUGCAACCAAGUCAGGUGGAUUUAUUUGUGAAAAAUGUUCUGCAAAAGAAGAAAAUUGCAAUGGAUGAGUUUCUGAUGUCAGAAAGUUUGACUUUACGACCUGGAGUUGAAGAGUUUAUUGAUGAUGCAUACAAGGAAGGAAUACCUGUUGUCGUACUGACAACAUAUAGCAAGAGUGAGAAUCAUAUUACCAGAUCAAUUGUUGAAAAGCUUGGCGAGGAAAGAGUUUCAAAGCUAAAGAUUGUCGAUGAUGACGAGGUGUUACAGAGUUUGUAUAACCAACUGGUAAAUGAUACAGGAUUCUCUUCUCGUAUGGAUGAGAAACAAGCUAAGGACGUAAUAAAAGCAGUUUCUGCUGAGAAACAAAGGAUUGCAAAGGAGGUUGCAUUAAUGCUAAAGCUGACUUUAGAUAUUAAUACUUGCCGGUCUGAAAGCUUAGAGAAGAUCAUUCUUGCAUUGCGAGCUGGGGCAGAAGUUGCUGGACUACCUGUAUGCGAUUGUGUUCUUAUUUCAGGAAGCCAGUAUGGUGUGGCUGGAGCUGAGCGAGUGGGCAUGCCAUGUGUUGUUUUAAGAAGCAGUUUGACGGCCAGAGCUGAGUUCCCUUGGGCAAAUAGGAUAAUGGAUGGGUUUGGAGGGGCAGACCUGACCAUCCCUAAACUGCUCAACAAGAGAUGGUCAUGAAAUCAAAUCAUGUUCCUCAACUGCGCAACAAGAGACGGUCAUGAAAUCAAAUCAUGUUCCUCUUUUUGCCAGACUAUUAGCAGAUUCAUCUCCCGUAGAGGGUUCUUUCAAAUCAUGAAAUCAAAUCAUGUUCCUCUUAAGUAAAUUUUUCUUUCCAUUGGGGAUACGCCGGAAGAUUCAUCUCCCGUAAAUUUUUCUUUCCAUUGUGUAUAUAUUUUCUUUCAAAGUUUCAACAGAAUUAGCAGAGCUGUAAAUUUUUCUUUCCAUUGUGUAUAUAUUUUCUUCGGCUUAGUUGGCUGCAUUGUAACA